AUGGGAGAAAUUGACAAAGUUGAACGCUGGGACAAAAAAGAAAGUAAAUAUGUUACUAUCGAUCCGCCAGAGAUUGUAAAAUGCUACAACCAUGGCUUGAGCGGAGUUGAUCUUUUUGAUCAAUUGAUGUCAUACUACAGAAUUUUUAUAAAGUCAAAGAAAUGGACACUCAGAGCUAUUUUCCAUGCUGUAGAUUUUGCUGUGGAACAGAGCUGGCUCGAAUACAGGAAAAAUGCCAGUGCAAUUGGUCUGCCAACGAAGAAAAUAAUGGAUCUCCUACACUUCUGUAUGAAGCUGGCUGAUGUUCUAGUGUUAAGUGGGAUGGAUACCUCGAAUAGAAAACGAGGCCGACCGUCUGCCACACAACCAGAUACAUUUGUUCAAAGACGACGAGGAGAAACUAGGCUUCCUGAAGAGGUUCAGUAUGAUGGAACAACACUUGCCUCUUCAUGA